UUCUAUUUUUCAUUUCCCUUAACUUUUUCAAAAUUGUUUGUUGACAUUCAAAAAGAAAGCAAAAAUUAGAUAUAUCAAAAUGAAUCCCAGUGAUAUUUUGCGCAUUUUCAUAUUGUUCUGUCUGCAUUUUACCAUCAAUUUUAUUGUUUUUUCUCAACGUAAUGUCAAUGAUCAGGCUAACAAAUUGAUAGCUCAUUUCAAACCCAAAUAACAUGAACAAAAAACCAAAAGGUUGAAAUUAACCGCCACAGUUAACCAAAUUGACUAGUAGCGCUCUCUGACGGUGCUCACUGGCGCCCUCUGGCUACAUUCACAUUACCGCAUGUUUUGUUGGUCAGCUGAUUGUUUAAAGUUGUUUACAAUGGAGUGCAUUAAUUGUGCGGAAACGACCAAGAAAUACAAAUGCAGCAAAUGCUCAGCUCCCUAUUGCUCUGUGAGUUGUUACAAAGCCCACAAAGACUCACCUCAAUGUGAGGAGCUGGUGGAAGCCGCCAAGGCGAAGCAGCCACAGUCAGACAGAUAUGAAGAGGAGGAGCCCACUGUAUAUGCUCCAUUUACCACCGAUGACACUGUGCCGCCAGAGAAGCUGCAGCAAUUAGAGCAAUCGGAAUCCCUGCGUGAAUUGCUCUACAAUCCACAUUUGAGAAAUUUGCUAAAACAAAUUGAUGUGGCCCACAAUGUGCCCUUGGCCAUGACGGCUGCCAUGCAGGAGCCGCUCUUUGUGGAAUUCGCCAAUGCCUGUUUACAUGUCCUGGAACCCAUAAACGAAGCAGAACGAGCUGAAUUUGAAUUGUGUUCAUGAAAUAGUAUCUAUACUUUAUUUUUCACGUAACAUAAAAAAAUAGGAAUAGGAAUUUUUCUCUACAAUUCACUUGCAUCAUGUUUGCCAAA